UCCCUCCGCCUCCAGCUCCAGCUCUAAACUGAGCGGCUCCUCGGGCGCACCAUGGCACAUUAAUAGUGUGCAGAGCGCGCCCAGGAGCCCAGCACCCCAGCUCCGCCCAGGACCCGACUGCGGGUCCUGCCCAGCACAGCCCGGCACAGCCUGGCAUCCCCCACUUUCAGCCCUCGGGGGCCAGCUGUGUGGGGCCCCCUCGCUCGCCUCCUUCUCAACCUCUUUUCCUCCUCUGCUUUCUCGCCGCCUCCUCUUGCUGCUGCUGCCAUCGCCGCAGCCAGAGAGCCUUUGCUGACAAACAGGUGACAGAAGAGACGGGAGUGUGUGCAUGUGUGUGUGUAUGUGCAUGUGUAUCAGUGUGCGCGCGCGCGCGUGCGUGUGGGUGUGUGCGUGUGUGUACAUACACCGGACAGAUCCCGCGUCCCGGAACCACGGCCAGAACCCAGAGGAAUAAGCCGCUCUUCUCGCCUCUUCUCUGGGGUCCUGCGAAACGUUUUUAAAGGCUUAAAAAAGAAAGAAAAUAAAUUGAUCUCCAUCCUCCGGGGGAGUCUGGCCCGAGCCCCGCCGGGGUUCGCGCGUUGUCUCCUGGUCGCGGGGAAUAGAGAAGCAGACCAUCAAGCUUCCUGGACCCCCGAGUCCACAGCUAGCCCCGUGUCGGCGCCCCAUGGAUAUAGCAACAGGUCCCGAGUCUCUGGAGAGGUGCUUCCCCCGUGGACAGACUGACUGCACCAAGAUGCUGGACGGCAUCAAGAUGGAAGAACACGCCCUGCGCCCCGGGCCCGCCACCUUGGGGGUGCUCCUGGGCUCGGACUGCCCGCAUCCCGCCGUCUGCGAGGGCUGCCAGCGGCCCAUCUCGGAUCGUUUCCUGAUGCGAGUGAACGAGUCGUCCUGGCACGAGGAGUGUUUGCAGUGCGCUGCGUGUCAGCAAGCUCUCACCACCAGCUGCUACUUCCGGGAUCGGAAACUCUACUGCAAACAGGACUACCAACAACUGUUUGCGGCCAAGUGCAGCGGCUGCAUGGAGAAGAUCGCGCCCACGGAGUUUGUGAUGCGGGCCCUCGAGUGCGUCUACCACCUCAGCUGCUUCUGCUGCUGCGUGUGCGAGAGGCAGCUCCGGAAGGGUGAUGAGUUCGUGCUCAAGGAGGGCCAGCUGCUCUGCAAGAGCGACUACGAGAAGGAGAAGGACCUGCUCAGUUCUGUGAGCCCUGACGAGUCCGAUUCUGUGAAAAGUGACGAGGAGGAUGGAGACGUGAAGCCAGCCAAAGGCCAGGGUGGCCAGGGCAAAGGCAGCGACGAUGGCAAGGACCCUCGGCGGCCGAAGCGACCCCGGACCAUCCUCACCACACAGCAGAGGAGGGCGUUCAAGGCCUCCUUUGAAGUUUCCUCUAAGCCCUGUCGAAAGGUCAGAGAGACGCUCGCUGCCGAGACAGGGCUCAGUGUCCGCGUGGUCCAGGUCUGGUUCCAGAACCAGAGAGCCAAGAUGAAGAAGCUGGCAAGAAGGCACCAGCAGCAGCAGGAACAGCAGAAUUCACAGCGGCUGGGGCAAGGUGUUGAAGGACCUUCUCCUGUCCCUACAGAGGUCCUGUCUAAUCGAAUGGAAGGAAUGAUGGCGUCGUACACACCACUGGCCCCACCCCAACAGCCCAUCGUCGCCAUGGAACAGAACACCUACGGUAGCAGCGACCCUUUCCAGCAGGGCCUUACACCUCCUCAAAUGCCAGGAAACGACUCCAUUUUCCACGACAUUGACAGUGAUACCUCCUUAACGAGUCUGAGCGACUGUUUCCUGGGCUCCUCCGACGUGGGCUCCCUCCAGGCGCGAGUAGGAAACCCCAUCGACAGGCUCUACUCCAUGCAGAGUUCCUACUUCGCCUCCUGAGAGAGAACGGAGCCCCAGGGCUGGCCGGAGGGUCGAGGAGGUGGGCAGGCCAGCCGCGCUGCCCAGUCGGACUCACAGCCAUACGGUGCCCGCCCUCCCCGCUGUCCUGGCCGGGCCCCUCCCAGCCGCUGUGGCUCCGGCAGCUCCUGGCCCAGCCCAGGAGGCCCGCGGUGCAGCCCGACUCCCGCGGCUCCCAGCGGGCGCCCGAACACAUGCCCGCAGAAGCCUGGGCCCGGGGCUUUUGUUGCUGAUGGAGACCUACCACCCCAAGGAACCCCGGCAGGGCACUUGGACAGCCUGGCCUCCCGCCCCUCUGCCUCCCCACAACACUCCCCUCUGCCCCUCCCAGGGGGCUUCCUCUUCCUCCUCCCGGUCGUCCUCGUCCUCCUGUUCCCAGUCUUUUUUUGGAAGCUUAAAUUCGAUAUAUUUUUUUAAACCCCCUCCCCUCAUGAACGACACCCGCCGCGGCCCUGCCCCCCAGCAAGGGCCCUGCCCCCGGAGCACCCCUUCCCCGGCAGAGGCCCCGCCCCUCACUGCAUGCCCCAGAACUCUUCCUUGUGGACAAGUUGCCAGUCAGCCUGUGAGAAGUGACCGUCUCUGUGCCGCGGCUCGCUUUCCCCUCUCUCCUUCCUCCUCGCCUCCCCUGCCGGGGUCAGGCCUGGCCAGGACGGAGGUGGGCGCUGGGCCCGAGGAGUCUGGCUCUGGGUUUCCCUUCGAGACCCCCUGGCUCAGGGUUUCCCUUCGAGACCCCCUGGCUCAGGGUUUCCCUUCGAGACCCCCUGGCUCUGGGUUUCCCUUCGAGACCCCCUGGAUCUGGGUUUCCCUUCGGCGACCCCUCCCCUGGCUCUGGGUUUCCCUUCGAGACCCUCUGGCUCUGGGUCCUGUAAAGCUGCCCCUCGGGGGCAGGACGGAGCUGGGAGAGGGGCAUUUCCCAGGUGCAUUUCCCUCCCCUCCCCUCCCCUUCCCCCCUUGAAGAAGCCGGCCUCGUUUCCCGAGGGGACAGCGUGUGCCUUAGGCACUGGCACGCCUCUGCACCAGGGCUAGAGUGUUAGAACAAAGCUAAGGAACCUAGUCCGGCCGGUGCCUUCUUACAGAGGAGGAACCGGGCCCAGACAUGAGCAGCAACACGGCCAUUUGGGGGGGAGUGGUCCCUGGGGCCUAGACUUUCCUGGCACCCCCUCCUCAACCCCCCGGGGUUAGGGAGGGGGUAGGGGUCCCGGGGACUUGUCCGUGUAUGGGCAGAGCUGCAGGACAGGAUGCAGGAGGCAGGAGUGGCCGAGGCUACCUGAGGCCGGGCCGAGGGGAUGGAGGGCCUGGACGGCUCCCUCCAAAGGGAGCUUUUCCUCCAACUUCCCUUCUCCCUGCAGUCCUCCUUCUUUUCCUCGGUCCUGCCCCCGCUUCCCCAGUGUACAAACCUGCAACCAGGCUCCGGGCCCCUGGGGAGGAGUAUCCCAGCUGGGAAGGACCUGGGAGCUGCAAAGAGAGAACCAUGACCUCACCCUCACAGCCCACCUUUCUCCCCCCAGCAGGGAGGGGAAUCCGGGACUCCCGGCAGUGCGAAGGGCCUCUCAGGGCUCAGACACAGCGCGCUCCCAUCAGCCUCUCUGUCUGUCUGAUCUGGGCCAGGGAGGGCCGGUCCGGGGCUCUCGAGGCAGUAGCAGUCACUUUUUUCACUGAAUUCUUCCAGCCUGGCGGGAGAGAGUGCUAGAGAAGGAAGGAGUAAAUCCUGUGGCUUGGGUAUUCUAGCCUACCCAACGUGGGCAGAGAAGAAUGAGCCAGGACAAAGAAAGGGGCACGUUCUUUAGGGAGAAACCCGGGGGACAGGGAGAGGUCUGGGACACAGAACCUCAGAACUGGGAGGGACGUCAAAGGACCUCUAGUCCAACUCCUUUCGGAAUUCCCCACUUCACUACCUCCUAAUUAGGAAUUUUUUCUUUAAAUUUUCCUCUUUGCAAUUUCUGCCCAUUGCUCUUAGUUCUAUUGCCAAACAGGAGAAUCUAAUUCCUCUUCCAGUGAGAGCACUCCAAGUACUUGAAAAUGGCAAUUGUAUUCCCUUCUUCUUCCCCUUCCCCAAGCCUUCUUCAGACUAAAUAUCACCUGUUCUCUGAGUGGACCCUUACCUGGCAUGACCUCCAGCCCCUCAGCAUCCUGUGCACUGUUCUCUAAAUUUGCUUGUCAGUGACUCUCCUAAAAGAGGGCAUUCUGAACCAGACCCAAUGCCCGUGUCCAGUCUGGCCACAGCAGAGGCUAUGGCCUCCUCCCUCUUUUUUCAACCAAUGGGCUUCUCUAUAUGCAGCCUCAGAAUGAAUUUAGCCAUAUUGUCCAAGAGUCCAAUAAACCAAACCCCACCAUUUUUACACACACACACACACACACACACACACAGCCACUUGGAUUUUUUUUUACCCCCAAAAAGAACUUUACAUUUCUAUUAAAUUUAAUUUUAUUAGAUUUGACUCAAUGUUCUAGGUUUUUGAAUUUUUUAUUUUUUAUUUUUUGGAUAUUGAUUCUGGGUUACAGGCUUACCUCUCCCUCCCAGUUAUGGCAGCUUUCUUUUCUAUUGACUGAUUCAGAUCAUUGAUAAAAACAGCAAAUGGCAUGGGACCAAGGACAGAGCUCAAGAAUAUUCGACUAGGGACCUCUCUUCAGGCUGACAUCCAUUAGUGAGGAUUCUUUGGGUUUUGUUAUUCAACCAGUUUACUAGCAUCCAAUCUUUUAUCAAAUGUUUUGGGGGAAAUCCAAGUACAGUAUACCUGUAGCAUUUUCUUGAUCCACCCAUCUACUAUCCCUGUAAAACAAAGAAAAGAAAGUGAAGUGAGUCAGAUAUGAUCUAUUUUUGAUAAGUCCUUGCUGAUUCCUUUUCUAAAAGCUCAAUUCAAGCAUUAUGCACCUAUAGUAUAUUAUCCUAAGCAUUGGGGAUACAAAGAAAGAAAGAAACAGUUCUUGCCUUCAUAGUACUUAAUUUUUUUAGUGGCUCGUGGACCAAUUUUUUAGUAAUAUAUUCUAAAAUUUGGCCAGCAAUUAAAUUUAAGAUUACUGCCCUAGAAUUAAACAGAUCCUAACCUUUUCCCUAAAAAAGGGAAAUAUUUGCUUAUUUCCAGGCCUGUGUAGCUUUCUCAUCAAGAUUUUUAAAAAAUCAACAAUGACUCAAUAAUUCUAUCUCCAAGAAUCCUAAAAUGUAGAUCUUCUGGGUCUCAUAAUUUGAACCCAAGGAGAGCAGCAAGAUAAUUCUUUUUAAAAAUUAGUGUUAUCUUUGGUUUUAUAUCACCUUCAUUUCUGAAUAUGUCCUUCCUUACUUCCUUACACAAUAAGCCAGGCUUUGAAACAAGGAAUAAAAGAGAGAAGGGAAAAAGCAAUUCUCUAGAACUAAUUAAUUUAUCAACCUAUUCUAACAGUAUUUACUGUAGCUGAGCCUGGAAUCUGGAAAACUUGAGUUCAAAUCUAGCCACAAAUAUUUAACUGUGUGGUCUUGAGCAAGCCACUUCUCACCCCUGUCUGCCUCUACUAUAAAAUGGGUAUUACAGCACCUACCUCUCAGGGCUGUCUUUAGGACAAAUGAAAUAUUUAUAUUAUCUAACUUAGCACAGCUCCUGGCACAUAAUAGGUGCUUAAUAAAUGCUUGUUUCUUCCAUAAUCUUCCCAGUUCAGCUAAGGAGAGAAAGUGCAUUUGUUUUUCUAGAGCUAAGUUUGGCCCCCAUAAUUGCACUGUUUUUGCAAUUUCAUUUUAUAGCUAAGGAGUCUGACCAGCAUGCUUUUCUUCAGUUCCAACUCCCUGAUAACCAUUUUUGUCAAACUCUAGGUCAUUAUUCUUGGUGAGAAAAAAGCAGUAAGGCAAGCUCUGCUCUGUCUUUGUCAUCUGUCCCCAUCAUUCUUUCCUGAGCAGACUUGGUUCCCAUCCCAUCCCGAAUCUUCAUGCUCCCAAUACAGCUUUUUAGAAAGCCCUUACUCUUUUUCUGUUCUCCUCUGCUUUCGCCAGCAGCUUCAGCUCAUUUGGGGCUUUAAGGCUUGGGAUCCUGUUCCUACCCAACAGUGUUACGCUUUUGCCUUCGUUCUCAGCACCAAACUAUUAAGAGUAUCACACUUCUAUCUCCUAUACAGAUUUUUUUUAAUGUAAGGUAGUGUAUGAAUUCCCUAUUCAUCCACAUUGGUCUCUGGAUGAUUUCUUCUUUUCUCCCUCAUUGAAAUAAUUUUUGUCUUCAAAGUAUCUUAGCUUUCUUUGUUAGCUACUCACCCUGCCUCGAGGGUUUGCCAGAUCAAAUCUGUUCUGGAGCCUGGAGUCACUUUUAUAUUUUUGGAAUAUAAACUAGAGGAAACUCGGCAAGGACAUCAGAAUGCUCCCUGAGAUAACAUUUAGGACUUUAGGGGUUAAGUGGUCCAACUCCCUCACUUUACCAAUGAGCAGGCAGCCUGUGACCUGGGCAAGGGCACCUUACCUUCUCUUCAGCCUCUGCUCAGGGGCACAGCCCACAAGUAAUCUCAGAGUCCAUGGGAGAGGGGGACAGCUAAGGGUCUCACUCUUGCCCAAAUUUGGGCUCAGUCCUGCUCCCCUCAUCCAUGGAUGAGAAUCAAAGUGUGGUCAGAAGAAGAGCUCCCUCAGCCUCCUGGCUCAGCAUUCCCCAUUUACUGAGGAAGAUGCUGAGAAUUUGCCCAAGAUCAGAUACCUAGUUGGUAGUAAGUAGACCCAUGUCUCCCGCCUCAAACUCCAGUGCCUUUUCCACCCAUCAUUAUGGUGUCUAAUGAUCACCUAAUAUAGGCUCAGCAUUUCCAUGGCUAUUUCAGGGGAUGGAGAGUCAGGUUUUUGCCCUUACAGGUGCAUGGCCUAGUUGGGAAAGCAAGACCACCCUCUAGGAAAGGAUUACAAGAUGGGGAGUCUUGGUGAGCUGUGCGAUGAGGAGAGGACGGGAGUGGUCAGGGAAGGUCAGGGAAG